UAUACCAAAACUUAAUUAACAAACAUACAUAUAUAGUCAAAACACAUAGCAAAAAAAAUGAGUGUAGAGUUGUUAGAUGGUGGCAUCAUUCUCGACUUCAUUGAAGACGAUAAAGCGUUCAAUGAUUCAAUCCAAGACCGUUUCACGAACUUGGACACGAACCAUGAUGGUCUUCUUUCAUAUUCAGAAAUGCUGAAAGAGCUACAAUCUUUAAGAAUGAUUGAAACUCAUUUUGGCAUUGAUGUGAAAACGGACCCGGAAGAGCUCUCUCAUGUUUAUGACUCUUUGUUUGUGCAAUUUGACCGUGAUUCAAAUGGGACUGUCGAUUUGGAAGAGUUUAAAGCCGAAACCAAGAGAAUGAUGCUUGCUUUGGCGAAUGAUCUCGGUUUCUUGCCUGUUCAGAUGAUUUUAGAUGAAGAUAGUUUUUUAAAGAAAGCCGUUGAUAGGGAGCUCAUGAAGUCAGAAUUCAGUUCAUCGGCGUAACAUCCUUGAUUACUUGCGCGCAUAUAUACAUAUUUCUCAAGUUUUUGUUUUGCAUCGUAUCUCGCUGUGUACUUGCUAAAAAGAAAUAAAGAAUAUAUAUGUACCUUUUAAAAAUUUUGGUGAAAAAAUCACUUCUAAACAAAAUAGUAUGACGGACGUACAUGAAUAAAAAGAGGUAAUGCCAUAUA